GAUGAGCAUUUCACAGAUUUUUACUGACAUCUCUACUACCUCUUUGUAAUUCAGAAAAGACUCGUAGCCCUAUACCCAGAUCUGAUUGGCUUUACUGGGUGCCACAGGAAGAAGGUCCUUGGCCGAGGUGUUCAUUGAUUGGUUCAUUCUGUCUUUGUCUGCGAGGCAGCUGAGAGCACUGCGUGUGCAGUUGAAUGUGCAAGGAUUGGAAGGGACCAUUUCCAUGGACCAUCUGUCUCGCAGGCUACUGCUACAACAAAGGACCCAGGAUGGUGUUGGUACAUGUCGGAUAUUUGGUUCUUCCCGUCUUUGGCUCUGUUAGAAAUAGAGGGGCACACUUCACCAGGCAUCAGCACAGCCAUGCUACCUCUUGCCGACACUUUCACCUGGGGGCCACCCAGGCCCCCCUCCCAGGGGAAUUUCCCCUGGGACACGCAGCCAACCACAACCAGCCCCCCCAGCCCGGCCCCCUGGCCCCUCACCUGGCCCCGGCCCAUCACCCGCCCCUCACUGCCCUGCCGGCUCCCCCUCAGUUCCAGGAUGUGCCAGCUCCCCCCUUCCUACCUCAGGCCUUACACCAGCAAUACCUCAUCCAGCAACAGCUACUGGAGGCCCAGCAUCGCCGGAUCCUCCCACACUCCAGCAGAAGAACACAGGAGCGCCUUCCUCUGAACCCUCACAGGCUACGUUCAGGCUACGAAUAUUCCCCGCCCCUCCACGUCCCGCAGCCAAUCACCACGCAGCAGCCUCGCUACCUGGCAGAGGGCACAGACUGGGACCUGAGUGUGGAUGCAGGACUCUCCCACCACCAGUAUCAGCUCCAGCAGCUUCCACAGCACUAUCAGCAUUACUUGGCAUCUCCCAGAAUGCACCACUUCCCCAGGAACAACUCUGCACAAGUGGUUGUCCAUGAGAUCCGAAACUACCCGUACCCCCAGCUUCACCUGCUGGCCCUGCAGGGCCUCAACCCCUCCCGCCAUGCCUCGGCCGUACGGGAGAGCUACGAGGAACUGCUGCAGCUUGAGGACCGGUUGGGUAGUGUCAGCAGGGGAGCAGUCCAGACCACCAUCGAGAGGUUCACUUUCCCUCACAAAUACAAGAAGAGGAAGCCGGUGGAGAUGAAAAUCGGCGAGGAAGAAGAGGAGACCGACGUGGACGAGAAGUGCACGAUCUGCCUCUCCAUGCUGGAGGAUGGGGAAGACGUGAGGAGAUUACCCUGCAUGCACCUCUUCCACCAGGGCUGCGUGGACCAAUGGCUGUCCUCCAGCAGAAAGUGUCCGAUAUGCCGAGUCGACAUCGAGACGCAGCUUAAUCCUGACAGCUGAUGACCCGGGGGCGGAGCCUGGCCCUGUCGAUCACCCUGGCGUGGUUCCUGCUCCUUCCCAUCACCUGGUCCCUCCCCCUCUUGGGUGCUUUGCCAAAUGUCCCCAGACGCGGUCGUGUGACAUCAUUGCCCUCAGACUCACGCUUCACUGAGCCUCCCCCAGGACAACCACAGGAGGGGCGGAACUGGAGACGCGCUCUCCGACAGAUGAAGCACACCCCCUGGCGUAAUGAUACACAGAGAAUGCUUUCUCUCUGCUCUCUCACACAAACACAUACACACACACACAGACACAGAAAGCCGUCUCUCACACAUAUACAUGCACGAAAGGCUGUCUCUCACACACACGCACACACACACACACACUGUAUACUGUAUACACAGGGUUAUCUCGUAGCUUGCUGAUUUCAGGUGGGCUGUCAUUGCUGUUCGGCUGUUGUCCUGUAGGUAGCAUGUUCUAUAAGCCAUGAUCUAACACAGUAAGAGAGAAGACACUACACCACUGCCACCCUUCUACACACAGUAAUUCUCACACAAUUUAGCAUAUUCUGCCACAAUAGACAGGGCGGGAAAACAACAAUGUCUUUUUUCAACGUUGCCGCCAUGUUUUCCUCCAGGUCAUUAGUGGUUAGUGCAGUAGCAGACACAGUGAUGGUUAAUCAUGGGAGCUCACCCACCCAGCUUUUUCUCUUUGCAAUACAGUUGUACAUUAGCUCUGAACUGGUGGUGUUGUGUCAUUAGGACUGUGUUUGCUACCCCUGCUACUGUGUGUCAAGUGUGGGCCAGCCUUGGCCAGGGCUGCGUUCAAGGUCAUCUGUGAGGCCGAGAGACUAGCACGCAGGUUACAAAGUGUUUAUUAACCAAAUGCGUUGUUGUUAUGCUGUUCUGGCACCGGAACCUGGCGUGGUGUGUUCACUGGUGGGUUACAGUGAGAGUUUGACCAAUGUCUAGAUAUGUGUCGCAGACCUAAAGUUCAGGUUUUGUGUGUGUCAUGGGUAAAAAAUGGGAAUUAUAGAAGUUAAGGCCAUUGCAGUGUUUGUAGAAUACAAAGCCAAAUAAAUGGACAUUUUUUAAAGAGGGGGGAAGUUAAAAAAAAAGUUAUACAAUUCUACAACAACAAAAAUCCCCAUUUCCAAUGAAGCAGUGCGAUGUUAGAGUGAGGUGCAGUGCAUUGUGGUUACUCGGAGGAGGCCCGAUGCUACAAAAACGGCAGCUCUUGUGCCCCGCCCAGCCUCUCUCAGCACAGGUGAUGCAGGCUGAGCAGUGUAGUGACAUGCAUGUUUCAGUGUUGGCUUGGGCUGUUGUGUUAGCGUAAAUAAAACUAAAACUAAAAAAUGUACGGAUGUAGGAUGGGCGGGGGGGGGGAUGGGAUGUUGUCUGUGCAUGACCUAGUUAAUCUGAGCUGUGACUAUCUUUCUCAACACUAACAAACAAACAAACAAACAAACAAAAAAAUGAGCACGAUGUCAGUGACUGGCUGUCUCCCUGACCCGUAGCGUGUGUUCAUCCUGUCCCCAUGGCAACGAUGAAAUCCUGUUGUGAUGUUUACCUUAUUGCCUAAAGAACAAGCACAUGUGAUGAUAGAUAUAGCAACAACCUCUUUCUUUAGUAUUGCAUUUGCGUUUUUGGUUUCAGUAUAUUUAGAUAUAUAUAAACAAACACGCAGUGUUUUGGACAGUGAGGAGCUUGUGUGUUAUAAACUUGUGUUUUUUUGUGUGUGUGUGUGUGUGUGUGUGUGUGUGACAGAUCUCCCCUUUGUGGUUGCUAUGCUGGUUGCUAUGCUGUAUUGCUAGAACAACAAUGUAGAAUGUUGUGUGAUGGAGAUGGUGUCCCACUCACUGUGCACAGGGACUGGCCAGGCAGGGAAGAGUUAACACGUGGAAGUACAACAGUCGAUGAAUGGAGAGAAAAGAUGAUUUGUCUCCCUUCCCCUCCUUCUCUGUAAUGAAUGACUAUUCUACCACUACGUAUCAGUGUGGGCCUCACUGAUACCUAUCCUGUAGUGGAUGUUUUGGAUUGUAACAUCCCUCAACUGUACCCAUUGCACUGAGGACUCUGAGUAGUCUAACAGAUUGGGUCCCAGCCCACAGGUCCUAUAUACCUGGUGGGCUGAGGGAUCCUUGUCACAGUAUUAGGACAUGGCCUGCUGGCUCCUGUGCACUGUCAGUGGAGAUGCUGCCUUCUCCUGUAGUGGAGUUUUCUAUGGGAACUGUUGAUAGUUUACACAGGGUGUUGUCAGUUGAGAUGCCUUAAGUAUUUAACAAUCAUAAUUUAUUACUAACUGUAGAUAUUGUGGGUACGUAUUUAAUUUUGUAUAGUUUUUUUUUGCAAUUGAAUCAUAAUUUAUUUAUUUAGAAAUAACAACUGAUAAAAAAUAUGAUAAAAAAACAAUUACCUCAUUUUUGCAUUGUUUAAAUGGGAAUGCUUUGCAUGCAGUUGUUUUUUUUUGUUUUGUUUUUCCCCGAGACUAAAGUGUAAGAUGCCCUGCUGUUUUAUAACCCUGAGUCUGCUGUGAUAUGUUUACUAUCCUGGGCUCCUCCGCAUCUGAGCCUUCUCUUUCUCUCUGUCUCUCUGUGUUCUGUCAGCUCUCUCUCUCUCUGCUCUCUCUUUUCUCUAUCCCUCCUGCUCCUCCCCCCCCCCCCUCUCUCUCUCUCUCAUGUGGUGCUGUGGAUCCUGGUUACAUUCCAUUCAAUGCAAAUUUACUCUGAUCCCCUAUGCUGUGAUCUUGGUGGACAAACUGCAAUGGAGUGAAAGUUGUUUUGGUUUUUUGUUGUUAGUUUGUACCAUUUUGUUCUCUUCUCAUUUUGCACUUGUUAGUUUAACCAAGGGAACCCUCUCACUGGCAUAAUGCAGUUACGAUCGUAGAGCUCUCAUUAUGAUAACUAUUAUUGAUAUUAUAUCAUAGUCUAUGAUAUUGUAUACUCUGUCAUUUCUCUGCUUCUCGUUCUCUACCUUUCAAUUCUACCCUCUUGGCAUCUUCUUUCUUGCGUUAUCUCGCCAUACACUCUCUCCCUGCUUUCUUCCUCUCUAGCUGUUCCUCCAUCUCUCUGUCUCCUGAUAGGUCUGUUCCUCCAUCUCUCUGUCUCCUGAUAGGUAUGUUCCUUCUAAUUCAGAGCAGCUUGUAGUUCUAAGCCAAUCAAGUGCCUCGCUUCUAGUGUCAAGAGAUAUUUCCAUAUUAGAUUUAAGUUAUGGCUCAAUCUCACGAAGGAGUAGAACUCAUAUUCCCAGAAACCAUUAUGCCAGGAGGAUGUAGAGGCCUACACCAUGGCACAGUAGUACACUGGUACUACUGUAGUUUUAAUGAAAAGCACUGUCCCCUCGCUCCCUCUUUCCUCGACUCCUUCUCUAAGAAGUCUACCGGACAGGUGGUUUCUCCUCAUGAAGGGGGAAACAUGGGUUGUCACCAUGUUGCUUUUACUUACCAAAUACUAGAUCAGUUAGGCUACCACAUUCCAACACAGAGCAUCAAGUGUACAGCAGGUAUGUUUUUACCAAUCAUGAAUGUGGAAAUAUUUCUAAGACAGAGGCAUCUUUCACUGUGUUCUUCUUAACAAACCCUACAUCCGCGAUUCUCUUCUUUGAUGUAUCGCCAUCACUCUCCCUUUCCUUCUCUCUUUGUUUCUGCUUUUUCUGCUUUUUCCUCUCUCUUUGCUCCGUUUCCUCUAUCUUUUCUCUGCUGUGUGUGACACACCGUCCAUCCCUCUGCUCAGAACCUUCCAGUAUGUUCCUCUCCCACCGUCUGCUCUCUCUGGGGAAACACAGACACAGAGGAUUCUAAAGCACAACCUUUCUAAAAUGCAUGUUUUUUCUCAGGUUUGAAUAUACUCUCAAUGGUUAAAAAAAAUAUAUGGUAAAAAAAAAAAAUAUUUGCAGAUAUACAAAGAAUACUAAUAUUACAGAGGAUUAAUCUUUUGCUGCUGCUUGCAUCUAAAAAAAAUGAAGAAAAUGAAGAGAAAAUAUCCCAAAUAUAGUGCCAGUGAAAGGGCUGCCGCCAUCUUUGUACGAAAACCUGCUGUUUAGCUGUGACUGCGCGAUGUUUUUCAAUAUAGGAUAUUUUAUGGGAGAGUAGAAUUAUUUAUCAUUAAUAUGAAAGCAAUAGCUCAUUAAUGAUGCUAAGUGUGUUGAUAAAGAGCUGAGUGAGCAUUAUGAUGUGUAAAAUGUUAGAAUUCACAUUUGGUGGAAUUUUGUACUUUAUUAUUUAUUAAUACUAAUAAUAAUGGUUUUAAGGAGUUGCAUCGCUAAACCCAAACUGUUGUUUUUUUAUUUGUAUUUGAUUUCAUGGCUUGUAUAUUAUCCUUUUUGUAUGUGCUCUUUUUGUAAUAAAUUGAUUAAAAUGGGCUGAAA